AUGAAAUUGUAUAAAGCAAAAGACUCCUGGAUUGUGACGACGGAAGAACAUAGUCUAUGGUUUAAUAGAAGAAGUCUGUCUGUUUAUACAAAACCAGAACCCAUAUCAAAAGAGAUCCUAUUGGAUUCAUCUGCAUGGGAUGCUUCAUUUGUUAGUGAUAUUCACGGCUAUAUAGGACAAAUUCAAAUUGUUAAAGAUGGCUUUCAUUGGUUGAUAUUUAUCAAAAAUCAGGAGAUGGUAUGUGUUAUACAAAACGGACACGAAAUUUAUCGUGUUACAGAUAUUCUUGUGCAACCAUUUGACAAUAUUGACGAGGAGUCAAUAGGUCGUGCAAAUGUUACAACAAACAAUAAAUAUGAAUCGAAAUGUAUUGAAGAACUUCAUUUAUGGUAUCAAGAAACCCAAUGCUUUUAUUACAGUCGUACUUAUGACUUAACCAAUACCAUACAGCGUGCAUUAGAUCAAGACGAAACAAUUCCAUUGUGGAAACGUGCUGACGAGAGAUUCUUUUGGAAUCGACAGAUGCUCAAUGAAUUUAUCGAACAAGCCGAUAAAAAACAUUUCGAUACUCGAUGGAUCCAGCCCAUAAUCAUGGGUUACUUCAACAAAUGUCACUUUCAAGUCAAUCAUGAUACCGACGCGCAAUUAAUUCUCAUUUCAAGACGAAAUCGUUAUCGCGCAGGUGUUCGUAUGCACUGUCGAGGGAUUGAUGAAGAUGGGAAUGUUGCUAAUUAUGUGGAGACCGAACAAAUUCUUCGAAUUGGCUCAAAUAUCAUGUCAUUUGUUAUGAUUCGCGGAUCGGCACCAUUUUAUUGGUCUCAACCGGGAAUCCGAUAUCGUCCGCCGCCGAAAAUAGACCGAAGUAAGUUAAAUCAACACGAAGAAAGGUCACUGCUUGAUGCUCUACAGUCUCGCACUAUUACUGAUCAUUCAUGUUGA